AUGGCGACGUCUGCACCGGAGGAAGUCCCGCCGCCGUACGCUGCGGCAUUUAUGUCCGAAUAUUGUGGAGGUAUCAGUGUCUUGAUCAAUAUUUUCUAUUUCAUUCUCUACGUUACAGAGUCAGUAUUCGCCGCCCUGCGAGCGUUUGCCAUCAGCGGAUACAAUUGGCCAGCGGCGCUGCUCAUCUUGGCGUUCGGAUCCAUCACGAUCUGGAGUAACGUCUACCUCAUUGGUAAGACCACCUACUACGUGGAAAGCUAUGGGAGCGUAGCGGCGUGCGCGAACACGCUAGAUAUCUCGGGGAAGUCCUACCACAUUACCGUUCUCUCCGACGCUCUCGCGAUGGGUAUCACUUGGUGGAGAACAUGGGGAAUCAAGAAAGCUGCCGAUGACGCUCGGAUAUCGACACCGCUAACGACCGUCCUGUUGCGAGAUGGCUCACUGUACUUUGCCGCACUGGCAGCUCUGAGUAUCGCACAAACAUUCAUGCAGAUCUAUGAUGGUGACAUCGACUAUUUGUCGUACUUCCUCACUCCGCUCCCCGCCAUCUGCAUCUCCCGCUUCCUCCUCAAUCUCCGCUCGAGCUCAGGCUUGUCGCAGCUCGCGUCUGCGACGGCCUCGCAGUCGGAGACGACACCAGUCGGGACCCUGCACUUCGCUCACCGCGUCGCUGGAAAUUUGGGCAAUAUGCUUGGAUCGGAUGAUCCGGAUAGCUGGGACUCGGAGCUUGAAGAGGAGCACAGUGAAGACUGGACUGAGGCCACUGAAAUGACUAAUAUACAGGCGUGAUGCGCAGAGUACAUAAGAACGCGAUACCGGCGGUUGAGCAGUGGUAAAGGUUGCUUGUGCCUCCGAUCUGUUGAAGCCUUCAUCGCUUCUUCCAUCUCUCCAAGUCUGAUGACUUACGAUGACGUUAACUUGGCCUAUACCGAAGUUAGUAUACUGAUCAAAAGCAGCUGUCAUUGUGCUCAGGUUGGAGAUCGAUAUCAGCUUCCCCGCGGCUUCGGACAGAGGCCUGCCAUUGAACCCAUCUACUUGAAGGCUGUGGCUGAAAACGCGGUAGAGGUGAGUUCGCCAUUGCCACUUGCCUCUAAUUCGCGGCUGUCUGGCAG